AUGGCCGCUGAUAUGAACGAAACAUUUAUGAUUCGAACAUCAACACCUGAAAUGCCAACUGAAGAUAGUGAAUUACCAAUUGAUAAAAUUCAAAAAAAUUUAACACAAGUCCAAUUAAAAACUAAAUCAGCUGAUGAACACAAUCAACAUAUUGUUCAAACACAACGACAUCAAACACCACCAAUGGAACUUGUUAUUUUACCAAAAACUCAGGAUGAUAUUAUGUUUCCAAAUGUUAUCGAUCUUAACGUAGGUGGUUGUCAUUAUACAACGAGCUUAUCAACAUUACGAAAAUAUGAAGAUUCAAUGUUAGCAGUUAUGUUUAGUGGGAGAUAUGACCUUGUAAGAGAUGAAGAUGGACAUAUUUUUAUUGAUCGUGAUGGAAGUAAUUUCGGCCAUAUUUUAAAUUAUAUUCGUUGUGAUCAAAUGCCACCGGAAUCAGUUGCAUUAGAUGUAUUACGUGAAGCAGAAUUUUUUUGCAUUAGUUCAUUAAUAGCCAAACUAGAAAGUUCAAGUCCAUGUGUUAUAUCAUUACGUCGACGUGAAUCAUUUCGUCGUCUGAUACCCGAUUAUGAAAAUAUGAAAAUGGAUAUUAUUAAUCGAUCAGCUGAAAAACGUUCAUCAUUUCAUGAAUCACGUGUCGUGAUUACACAACUUGAUCAUACAAAAUUAAAAGGAACUAUACCAUGUUAUAAUUGUAGUCGUGAAUUUGUUACAGUUAAUCAUGCUUGUGCUUUUGAUGGUCUUACAGCUGAUUUACAAAUUCAACAACAACUUAAACCCAUACAAUCGGAUAUACAUAUUGAUAUGGAUAAACUUGUCGCAUUUGUUGUUGAUGAACUUGUUCAUGAUGGUUUUAAAGCUUCUGUUGAACGUGUAACAUGUCGUUUUAGUGUCCGAUGUCAAAGUUGUACUCUUAGCGGUUUAUAUACUGCUGGCGGAAUUUUAGCACCAAGAGAAUGUCAAAACAUUGCUCAUGUCGUCAAAUUUAUAUGGUCAUAA